AUGUCUGUCGUUCCCAAGCGCCCCUCGCCGGUUCUGCCCACCGCGAUGCCGUGGCCAAUCUUCGAGAAGCUCAAGAACAAGCGCGUCGUGCUCGCGUCUUCCUCGCCUCGGAGGAAGGACAUCCUCGAGAACAUUGGCUUCAAGCCGGAGAUCGUUCCGUCUACAUUUGACGAGGACCUCCCCAAGAACAUGUUCGAGGACCGGCUAGCCGACUACCCCGUCGCCACGGCCGGCGAGAAGGCGAUGGAGGUGUACGAGCGCCUAAUUCGGGAGAACGAGGCCGACCCCGCAGACAUUGUCAUCAGUGCCGACACCGUCGUGAUCUUCCCUCCCGAGAAGGACACGGCCGAGGGUGGCGUGGCCCACGGCGAGCACUCGGAGAUCCUGGAGAAGCCGCCCAACAAGAACGAGCAGCUGCGCCUCCUCGACCUGAUGGCAGGACGUAGCUGCGAGGUGGUGACGGCCGUGUGCAUUGUCUACCCCACAGUAGAGCACCCCGGCUUCAAACUGCAGAGCAUCAACCAGUCGACGAUUGUGCACUUCUACGACAACGACAUUGAGACUAUCAAGGCGUACGUCGAGCACGGGGAGGGCCACGACCGUGCGGGCGGCUUCGCGAUCCAGGGCCUUGGAGGGCUGCUGAUUGAGAAGAUUGAGGGCGAUUAUGACAACUGUGUCGGCUUUCCCAACUCUGCUUUCUGGCGGUGGAUGGCCGAGCUCGACGAGGACGGAACGUUUGACGACAUUUAG